CUCCCCCUCCACCACUAACUCCACUCGUUCUCCGGGAUAUUUUGAGGCUCCGGUCUCAGAGUUGGAGACUGAACCGAGCCGAGCGAGUUGACCCGGUUCCUGUGAGUCCCGGUUCCGUGAGGAGAUGAGGAGGUGAGAAGAUGGAGGGGCUGCUGUGGAUCUUGGUGUUUUUAACCCGGACUCUGGUGGGGAGCUGCGGGGACGGUGUCCGCUUCACGAAGCAGCCGUCCAAUCAAACGGUGUCUCAGGGGAACGAGGUGCGUCUGGGCUGCGCCGUGGAGGGGGUGACGGAGCCCGACAUCACCUGGAUGAAGGACGGAGAGAAGCUAUACAGUACUGACCAGGUGUUCCUCACCCUGGGGGAGCAGCACUGGGAGACGUCACACAGUGUAAGGUCGGUCCAGGUCCAGGAUGCGGGUCAGUACUGGUGUGAGGUGGAGUUCCAGGAUCUGACGUUCUCCUCUGAACAUGCCUGGAUCACAGUGGAAGGAGUCCCUCACUUCCUCCAGGAGCCCCAGGACGUUGCCUCGUUGCCCAACUCUCCUUUCAACCUGAGCUGUGUUGCUGUGCGACCCCCUGGUCUAAAGUGUGUGUUUGUUGCAGUUCUCCCCGAGGCCCCGGUGGACGUCCAGGUCCUCAGCAUGGGGGACAACAACGUCACGUUGUCAUGGAAACCAGGGUUCACGGGUCACUCAGAGCUGAACAGCUGUGUGGUCCAGGUGUCCAGGAGGUCGGCCAGGAGGUGGGACCUCCCCCAGCAGGAGGUGCAGGUUCCUCCUCACCUCCUGGUUCUGUCCGGUCUGAGGAGUUACUCCAACUACAGUGUGCGGGUCUCCUGUGUGAAUGAGGUGGGGGCGUCUCCUUUCUCCCCCUGGUUCUACUUCCUCACCCCGGAGUCAGUUCCCUCCGUGCCCCCCAGGAACCUGACCUUCCAGCUCUCGGAGCAGCAGCUCUCUCUGAGGUGGGCGGGGCUCCAGGAGGAGGAGCUUCAGGGGAAGUUGUUGGCGUAUAAGCUGCAGUGGAGCCUGGCAGGGGAGGCCCAGGAGGCGCUGCUCUUCAAGGAGACCUGGGCCCAGUUUGGAGGCGGAGCUCGGUUCUUCAACUCCUCUUUCCAGGUGUCGGCCUGCACCUCCGUGGGCUGUGGUCCCUGGACCCCCCCGGUCCUCGUACUACCCACCCCAGUCCAGGUCCAGGUCCAGCGGGGCCACGUGUGGGUGGGGGUCCUGCUCGGGGUCCUGGGGGCCGUCCUCGUGGGUCUGAUGCUGAACGCCGUCCAACGUCGAGGACAAGAGACGAAGUUUGGGUCUGUCUUCAAGUGUCCUCGUCCUGAGACAUCGGUGUCCUUCGCUGCAGCACGGUCCUUCAACAGGAACCCUGACCUGCAGGAGUCCACCUUGGACAGUCUCUGCAUUGACACUGAACUGAAGAACAAACUACAGGACGUCCUGAUUCCAGAGAGACACCUGAGACUGGGACACAUGCUGGGGAAAGGUGAGUUUGGUUCUGUCAGAGAAGCGUUCCUGAAGAAAGAUGACUCGUCCGUCCACAAGGUGGCGGUCAAAGUCUUGAAAUCUGACGUCACGUCUUCAGGGGACAUUGAGCAGUGUCUGAAGGAGGCGGCAAACAUGAAAGACUUUCACCACCCCAACGUCAUCCAGCUCAUAGGAGUGAGCCUCCAGCGUCGUCCCGGUCGACGUCUCCCGGUUCCCAUGGUGAUUUUACCUUUUAUGAAACAUGGAGACCUGCACACGUUCCUCCUGCUUUCCAGACUGGGGGACGAGCCCUUUGACCUGUCUCUGCAGACCCUGGUCCAGUUCAUGUUGGACAUCUCUAGAGGGAUGGACUACCUGAGCAGCAAGAACAUCGUCCACCGAGACCUGGCCGCCCGCAACUGCAUGCUGGACCAGAACAUGUGUGUGUGUGUUGCUGACUUCGGUUUGUCCAAGAAGAUCUACAGUGGAGACUAUUACCGUCAAGGAUCCGUCUCCAAGCUCCCGGUGAAAUGGAUCGCGCUGGAGAGUCUGGCCGACAACGUCUACACAACACACAGCGACGUGUGGGCGUUCGGUGUCACCAUGUGGGAGAUCAUGACUCGUGCUCAGACUCCGUAUCCUGGACUAGAAAACUCUGAGAUCUACGAGUUCCUGAUGAGAGGACAGAGACUGAAGAGACCUGGACACUGUAGGGAGGACAUAUAUGAGCUCAUGCACAGCUGCUGGAGUCCGGUUCCUAAAUGUCGGCCCAGUUUCCAGGACCUGGUGGUCCAGCUGGAGGCGCUGUGGCUCAGCCUGUCCCCGGCCCCCCCGCCCAAGGAGCCUCUACUCUAUGUCAACUUGGAGGGGGAGGAGUCCCGGAAUGGGGGCGGGGUCCUGGGGGAGGAGGCAGGGUCCAGCUGGGGCAUCCCCUGGCAACAGGGAGCUGAGGAGGAGGAGGAGGAGGAGGAGGAGGAGGACUGGCUGGUGGUGGGGGGGUCCGGAGCAGGUCUGGCCAUUACAGGAGACUACAGGUACAUCAUCAGCCCCCAUGGGGCCCCCCAGGAGGAGCAGGAGGAGGAAGAGGACAACGCUGUCAUUAAUGUCUGACAUGGACCAAUCAGCGCCCUCCCUCUCACCUGCCCAGAGCAGACCCCGGAUUACCACCUGGCCUCAGGUGUGAUGUCGCUGACUCAUUAACGAGGUUUAAUUAUUAAUCAGUGAUUAAUUCGAAUUGUCUGAACCCACAUGGACAUUAACCUUCAUCAUCUCUCUCAGCUGAUCAGUGUUCCUGGUUUACUGAUCAAUCGUGAACACGUCGUUCAUCAUCUAUACUUCCUGUUACUGAUCAGCUGAGCCCCUCCCCCAUCAGAGCUCUGAGCCCCUCCCCCUAUCAGUGCUCUGAGCCCCUCCCCAUCAGUGCUCUGAGCCCCUCCCCUACUAGUGCUCUGAGCCCCUCCCCCUAUCAGUGCUCUGAGCCCCAGCCCCUCCCCCUAUCAGUGCUCUGAGCCCCUCCCCCUAUCAGUGCUCUGAGCCCCUCCCCUAUCAGUGCUCUGAGCCCCUCCCCCAUCAGUGCUCUGAGCCCCAGCCCCUCCCCUAUCAGUGCUCUGAGCCCCUCCCCCAUCAGAGCUCUGAGCCCCUCCCCCUAUCAGUGCUCUGAGCCCCUCCCCAUCAGUGCUUGAGCCCCUCCCCUACUAGUGCUCUGAGCCCUCCCCCUAUCAGUGCUCUGAGCCCCAGCCCCUCCCCCUAUCAGUGCUCUGAGCCCCUCCCCCUAUCAGUGCUCUGAGCCCCUCCCCCUAUCAGUGCUCUGAGCCCCUCCCCUAUCAGUGCUCUGAGCCCCUCCUCCUAUCAGUGCUCUGAGCCCCUCCCCCAUCAGUGCUCUGAGCCCCUCCCCCUAUCAGUGCUCUGAGCCCCUCCCCCAUCAGUGCUCUGAGCCCCAGCCCCUCCCCUAUCAGUGCUCUGAACCCCUCCCCCUAUCAGUGCUCUGAGCCCCUCCCCCUAUCAGAGCUCUGAGCCCCUCCCCCUAUCAGUGCUCUGAGCCCCUCCCCCAUCAGUGCUCUGAGCCCCUCCCCUAUCAGUGCUCUGAGCCCCUCCCCCAUCAGUGCUCUGAGCCCCUCCCCCAUCAGUGCUCUGAGCCCCUCCCCUAUCAGUGCUCUGAACCAGGUUCCCUGUAGUUUUUCUCUGAACUAACGUGUCUUUAACGUGUUUGGUUCCUCUGAGGAACUCUGUUCUUAACUCUGACUGUAAAUAAAGUGUUAGUGAAGUCA